GCAGCGCGGAUCCCACGACUUUUUGUUCUCGUUCUUCUUGUUCUGCGCUUGCGGGUUUCUCUGCUCUUGAUCUUUUACCGCAGGUUCCUAGCGCCGCUGCACAAACACGCACACACGCACAUACACCUGCACGCAGAACACGUAUAUACAUAUAGUAUUCUUACUCUAGGAGCAAUCUGUGCGAAAUCUAGCUCAGCACAAGUAUCCGUUCUGCCGCACCCGGUGCUGUCCCCCCCCCCCUCUCCCUGUGGUUGUGGUGAGCGCGUUCGCCAUUUGCCGGCGACUCCUCACCUUCGUGUUCCCUCUUGUCGGCAUUUCCUUUCUCACUGCCGUCCUCACGAGCGUGCGUCUCUGCACUAUUAUUACUAUUAUUUCUCUACUGUUGUUGAUGGUGCAUUCCCCCUCGAAUUAAUGCAAUACGUUUUUUUUCUUCUCGUGGAAGAGUCGCUUUCUUUUGUAUUAUUUUUUCCUUUCCCUCCCAAGUUCACUAGUACUAUCAUAACUAUUAUUACCUUCGUCAUUUUCAUUUUUUUCUCUUUACUUAUAUCUGCAACUUAGCCUUCUUAGUCUUCACACGUAUUAUACAUUGCCUCGCCUGCUUUUCGAGGUUCUCGCUUCCGCGUAAAGUAAAGUACAUCUACAAAGAUACGCUGAUUAUUUGAAUAGGGAAGGUCUUUUUUUCUUUCCAAUUUAACAGGGCUGUCAUCGUACCCGUACUGCUACCACUGCUAUCGUUCGAGCUGUUGAUCUGUGCUGAGCGCAGCAUACGUCGGUUUUUUCUCCUGACUUUCUCACCGCCAGCAUCUUUUCGCCAAACAAAAAGUAAGUAGAAUCGAGUGACUUGCGAAACAUCGGCUCUCUCUCGUUCAACCAUCUGCCCUUUCGUCGGCAACUCAAACGGUGUAGUCUUAGUAUAGAUUCUGUUGCUUUUGCUGGGUGGUACUGCGCUCUGGCGGUGACCCUUGAGUGCUGUUUCUGUUUGUUUGCCUCCAAGACGAAAGUAUCGAGUGACUCCCUCUUGCUGUUUUCCCCCAAGUGACCUAAUAACGUAGUUUUAAGUCAACAAACCAGCAUCGGCAAUCGCAGAAAUCGUCGUGGUUGCGGCAAGCUGGGCCGAAACCGCCUAGAGCGAAGGUGCUUAUUUAUUCAUUCUUUUCUUUUUCAUUUUAGAGCACCAAACGAAACACGCACUGUUCACUGGAAAGGCGACACGUUCUCAGCGGAAACAAAAUUAAGCGUAGGCACCCUGUAGCACUGCUGAAUCUAUCUUGUUCUUCUUUCAUAACAACACACACACACACCGCGACGCCUUGACACCGUAGUCUAUACUCGCCAAUGUCCGUCGACACCAAUCUCCAUCGCACCUUCGAUUACCAGCUCUCCUCCGCCUCGCUGCGCAUCAUCGACUGGGCGCCCAUCAGGUCUGCUGCCGCCACCGUUCUCCAAAGCGGGAUCAGCGCUAAGUCGUACCAUGUGGUGGACCGCACCUCGACGAAUGAGGCAGCGAUAGCGGCUGUCUUUGCGCGGCAGGAAAGUGCGAAGCAGGAGGCGUUGCGGGCACAGCGGUGUAGCAACAGCAGUGAUGGUAAUGGUAGUGGUGGUGCCGGUGGCCCGUCUCCAUCGUUUGGCGCAGCAGGCGGAGACACAGCAGCGUCCUUCGCGGAGCGCAGGCCUUCUGAUUCGCCUGCAGUCAGUACGGCGGUUCCACCGGCACCACCGCCGCCCACCACCGCUCUUCCUCCGACAGACCCCUCCGCGAUCGUGUCUGCGCCGCCGCCGCACAUUCCUGGUGAGAUGCGGGAGGGGCGUGCUGCAGAGAACCCGUCACAGCCGCAACAGCAGCAGCGCUCGUACGACGAGAACUGGACGGGGAGUAGCAACGGUGUCGCCAGCGCUUCUCCUGGCGGGGGUCUUUUCUUUUCACACGGCAGCUCGCCCACUCCGGCCGCUGCCGCGGCUACCUCCAGCGUAGGAGCACCGACGGCGCUGACGGCAGCGGAGGGCACCGCCCUUCCAAGUUCCGCGGCUGCCGGGCUGACACUCGCGGGGAGCAGCAACGGGGUUGGUACUGCACACAUAGGCGGGCGUAGCGGCGCCGCAACGCCCAAGACCGGUGCCGCUGUCGGUGUCGCGCCAUGGACACACUCCCCUUCCACCUUGACCCCCGAGGUGGCACGGUACCGACAACAGUGGGGUGCAGCGGGCACCAUGUAUGGCUUUGACAGCGUCUACCGCAAUGGCUCGUUUGGUGUGCUGCUAGGCCUCUUCACCGGCCUUGGCUAUCAGCAGACAAACGUGCUGUAUCGUCAGCAGGAGCGAGGCGCCGGCGGGGAGAAAGGUAGGUCUGCCCCUCCCACCGCAGCAGCCGUCGCAACGGCAACCGCCAAAACGGCUGUUGGUGGAUCGAAUCCGGUGUCCGUGGCGAACUCCGUUAACAGCCCGAGUCCCUCCGAGGGCAACGCCGUCUCUCCUGCCGCGGACGGCAGUACCGGGUUAGGAAGCUCCGACGGCCCCAGCAACGAUGGAGUCGUCGCAGGCGUCGGAGCAGCAGCAGCAGCGGGAGGGGCAGGCAGCAGUCCCCACGCACAGCACGCACGCAUGGACCCAGUCAUCGCGUACAGAAGCAGCGGUUCCGUGCAGCUGUCCAACGUCAUUCAAUGCUUCUGGUACUGGGGCGCGAGGAGGUGGACCGGCGUCUUCAACCUGCGCUUCACCCCGCUGUGGUCGACGAACGCCAUUCUGCCCGUCUGCGAGUGUGUGACGCGGACGGAAAUAACGGAGACCUCCAUCCUGAUCGACGACCCCGUGGUGUACAUCCACGGCUUUGUGGUGAUGCUGGGGCGGCGUAAGUGGGCGCCGGACGACGGACCGAGUCCGACCGAGUACACCGCCGCAACAGCCGCAGGGAGCACCGAUCCGGUGAGAAGCAAGGCCAGCCAUGCCGACACCAUACACCCGCUUGCAGUCGCUGCGGCAGACGAGGUGAGCUGCAACAGUGGUAACAGCAGCAGCAGCAGCAGCAGCAGCCUUAUCCGGACUCAAAAAGCACCAUGUCAAAGUUCUGACGCGAGGACCUCAGUGAACGGAAAAUCUGCUGAACUUCCCAUCAUCGCAAAAGCCAGUCGGCCCUCUGGGCGUCACCCGACCGCCGGCGCGAAUGCGGUGACGUCGGCGGACAAUGAGAAGACCAUGUCGGUCUCCCCGUUGCAGCGGCACACGGCAGAUGCGCACAGCAUCGGUGCCACCCACGGACAACACGCCGUGUCACAGCCUGCUUCUCCACACUCGCUUUCGCACGCCAGCAGCAGCAGCAUCAGCAGCAGCGACGGCACACAAGAUGGGUCUGAGAUGCCAAGCUGGUAUUACUGGUAUCAACGCUGCCUGAUGGAUACCUCGGACGAGUGGCUGUGGGACCGUACCGCGGCAGAGGUUGCCGCCGAUGUGGCGAAGUCCACCACGGCCUGGUGGAAGCUGCGGCACGUCAAGACCGGUGUGGGUCUCUCCUACCGCUACCGCAAGCCGCGGGGGAUCAACGUGUAUUGGGGCUGGAGCGCGCAGCUGGGUCGCGGCACGUCCUUGUCGGGGAACGUGGAUGUCUUGCGCCGUAUGAGCUGCUCUAUCAGCUCCUCCUUUGGCUAUCUCGAUGUGAGCGCGCGUCUGCGUCUGAAUUUAAUUACGCUGCAUCAGACCGCGUUGGAUGCUGGGCUGUGUUGGCGGCCGCUACCGCGCGUGCCGGAGCUCGCCGUGCGUGUGGCGACGUCGGCGAACGGCACGACGCUCGGGUUGGAGGUGGCGGACGUGGGACCGCUACUAUACACCCCCGUUGUGCAGCGUCUCGCGGACUAUCGCGCUCGACAUCGCAAAGCAAACGGAGCGGGAGCUGCUACAGGGGGGUUGGCGGACGGUAACGCUUCGAGCAACGUCCGCGGCAGCGACGAGUCGCCUUCUCCAGCCACAGCCCCGCCGCCGCGUGCGGGCCCCGACGGCCACCACGAAGACUUGGUGGGCCUCCUCCCUGUCACCUGGCAUUACCUACGCGGCUUCGGCACCACCAUCACCCACGCUUACUCGGGCGUGUCCGGGGCUAUCGCCAGCACCUGGAGAUCGACAUCCGCCGCCAACGCGGCGCAGACGGAGGCGGCAGCGGCAGCGGCCGAGGCGCACCGCACGGCGGUCUCGUUGCCCGUCUCGCCCGCCUUCACGGCAAUUCCGCCGACGCCGUCGCUGGCCGCUGAGUCGACGCUCUCCGGAGUCGUGCUGCCGCUCGGUCGCGCCGGAGUGCGCCACCUCCGUCACGCGUGUCGCCAACUCGCGGAUUUGGGCUGGUUGGAGACGAUGCUGCGGACAUCGCACGUGAACGUGUCGGUCGGCAUCACGGCCGAGCCGGGAAAGCUGACGCGUGACUGGAGAUUCUUUUUGAUCCUGAGCGAGAAGUGA